UUCAAAAAUAUCUUCGAAAAAGUGUUACGCAGAUAAAAAUGUUUUCAUGUUGUCGCGCAAAUCCGAAAAGUUCAUCCACAAAAUCAGCUAAAAAAGAUAAACAGAGAAAAAGUGAUGAACAGGAAACGUCAAACAAAACAAGUGAUAAAAAACUAAUAAUACCAACGAUAACAAUCGAAAAUGGCAAAGCUAUUGAUAACCUCACCGAUCACAAUUCCGACAAUACUGAUAUUGAUGAAGCAGUCUCAGCAACAGCAACAGCACCAGCACCAGCGAAUACAGUGGCUAACAACGGCAUUGGAAAUAUUGGCGAUGAUGUCAAUGUAGCGUCUGUUGACAACAUAAGGAAUAGUGAAAAUAUAAAAAUUGCAGCAUCAACGGAAACCGUUGCAGCUGCGGAUAUUGCAACGAAAAAACCUACGGACUCAGAUACGGCAAUUAUCGCUAAUAGCGAACAAAGUAAUAAACAGAACACAUCACUGUCGACUUCUUCAACCGAUGGAAGUAUCAAUGAAGGAAUUAAUGAAUCAAAAAUCGUCAUAGCGAAUACAACAACAACAAGUAAUGAAUAUACAACUGCUGCAACUGGCCUUACAGAAGUACAACGAAAGAUUCAGGAAGCAGAAAGAGAAGACGAGCAGCAUUCAACUCAGUGUAUAACUGAAAAUGUUGAGGACUAUGAUGUAGAUAAAAAACAACUAAAUGAUAAACAGCCUAUGCAUAUCAUUAACACAACAGAACCAACAACAAUGGAACAAAACAUCCAUGAUUUUCACCCAAAAAGUUGUCUGUCUCGUCACAAUUCCACUCACACAUCUAUCAAGAAAAAGGUUAACAUUAGCACACAUGCCGAAAUAAUCGAACCGGAUCCUUUGCCACCACCACAUUAUGAUCAUGCAUCAUUAGGUGAUGAUGAUGAUGUUUUUUCGGACUCAUUACCACCACCCAAACGGGAAAGCAUGUGUGCACCAUAUAUUGAACCCAACAAUAAAAUACAGGAUACAGUUGUAUUUGCACAUGGUCUACCCGAAUGGUUCAAUGACGAAAGAAUACAUGAUAUCGGUUGUAUUGAACCACCUGUUACCCCCGUUGGACGUGAUGAGCUGGAGUUGAAGCGCCAACGUUUAUAUACGGACUUGCUGCGUGCAGCACAUGCUGCAGUGGAGCAUAGCGUGCGCUUCACAACUCCAAUCGCAGUAGAUACUUUUUCGUACACUAGUGCGGCUGUUGAAAGCAGAAAAGGAGCCGGAAGUGAAGGUUGUUUUGCUUUAUUAAUCUAUUAA